UGUUAAGACGAAUCAAACAAGAUCACACAUGACUAUUUUUAGGCUUACACAUUGAGAGAAUUUGAUGAGUCAAAGUGCUUAGAUGAACAGUUCCAAAAGUCAAAAGUGGACAAACACUCAGGGACGGACCAAGUAUUAAAAUGAAUUCGAAUUUACAAAAUGUACAUUAUUUGUUCAUAGCCCAUAGCCCAGAACCAUGUUCCGACUUCCCGUAAUCCCACCAGACCCUCAACGUCUUCCAAGCAAUCAGAAAUAAACAGUCAAAAUGAAGAAAAUACCCAUAUUGUUGAUGGGCUGCGGCGGCGUUGGUCGCCAGCUCCUCCAACACAUUGUUUCCUGCAGAUCCCUUCAUGCCAAAUUGGGAGUGCGGUUGCGGGUUGUGGGAGUGUGCGAUAGCAAGUCAUUAUUGGUUGCUCCUGAUAUUUUUACUGAGGAGUUGGGUGAUCCUUUGUUGUUGGCGGUUUGCCAGGCCAAGUCAAGUGCAAAUUCUUUGCAAUCAUUUAGUGAUUCGGGUAUAUGCCAAACAUUCACAAGUGCAGAUGCGACAAGAAAAAUUGUGGAUGUUGGAGGUCUUCUUGGUAGAUCAACAGGUUUGGCAUUUGUCGAUUGCUCAGCUAGUUCUAAUACUGUUGGAACUCUAAGUAGAGUAGUGGACUUCGGCUGCUGUGUUGUGCUCGCUAAUAAAAAGCCACUCACCUCAUCUAUGGAAGAUUAUGACAAGUUGGUAGCAAAAUCUCGUCACCUUCGUCAUGAAUCCACAGUUGGUGCUGGGCUCCCUAUCAUAGCAUCCUUAACUCGUUUAAUAUCUUCAGGCGAUACCGUUUAUCGUGUUAUUGGGAGUCUAAGUGGUACAUUAGGAUACGUGAUGAGUGAGGUUGAGAAUGGAAAGUUGUUCAGCGAAGUGGUUACUGCUGCUAAAAGUCUUGGCUACACCGAACCAGAUCCUCGAGAUGACCUUGGUGGCAUGGAUGUGGCAAGAAAGGCUUUGAUACUUGCCCGACUCCUAGGAAGGCGUAUAAAUUUAGACAACAUGAAGAUUGAGAGCUUUUAUCCUCCAUACAUGGGACCUGAUGUGAUGGCUUUGGAAGAGUUUUUAAAAACUGGCCUUCCCAUGCUUGACAAGGGCAUCCAAGAACGUAUUGAGACGGCUUCUUCAAAUGGGAACGUUCUGCGUUAUGUUUGUCUGAUUGAUGACGCAAGAUGUGAAGUUGGGAUUCAAGAAGUUCCGAAAAAUUCUGCAUUGGGGAGGCUAAGAGGGAGUGAUAAUGUGUUGGAAAUAUACAGCCGAUGCUAUAAAGAACAGCCGCUGGUUAUCCAAGGUGCAGGUGCAGGGAAUGACACUACAGCAGCAGGUGUCCUGGCUGAUAUCCUAGACCUUCAAGACCUCUUCCCUUGAGACACAUGAACUUGAAUUGAUUCAUCCAUAUCUUUCUUCUUCCUAUUCUGUCCUUUUGUCUGAACUAUAAACUGUGUUCAAUACUGGAAAUAGAAAUUUUAUUGCUCUCUUUUACUCUUCCAUACAAUUUUACUCUUCCUUUGGUGGAAGAAUUCUUCUACUACUUUCUACUCUUAUAUAUAUAUGGCUGAAUUUUUCUCUUGUUUUACUAGAGAUAAAUGAAUCAGUUUAUACAAA